GAAACGUGCCCCGCGUUUAGACGCGAUAUAACAAUUUGCAAUUAGCGAGAUCGGUGCGGGUGACUCAAUUUCAAUUCGCAAAAAAUUACCCCGCGAUCAAACUCACAAAAAAUCUACGUGGGGUCGACUGGAAAUAAUUAAAAUAAUUCUGCCAACUUCAGGUACAACAAUACCUAAUCGCAAAUUUUAGGUACCUACACCUAAUAUUAAGUUAACACGUCAGUCAACAUGGCGGAUCAAGCACCUACCGCAGACCUUGCCAACCUACACUUGGACGAGGUUACCGGUGAGAGGGUAUCCAAGUCCGAGUUGAAGAAGAGACAGAAGCAGCGUGAGCGAGAUGCGAAGAAGCAAGAGAAGGCCGCUGCCGCCCCUCCUAAGCCCGCCUCCGCGAAGAAGACAAACGCCGAAGCCGACGAGAAGGAGCUGACUCCUAAUCAAUACUUCGAGAUUCGAUCUCGCGCCAUCUCCAAGCUCAUCGAGUCCAAGGAACCCUAUCCCUACCCCCACAAGUUCCAACGCGACUACGACUUGAAUGAUCUAGUCAAGCAGUAUGGCCAUCUCAAGUCUGGAGAACAUGACAAGACCAAGAUCCUACACGUCGCUGGAAGAAUAUACAACAAGCGCGCCUCCGGUAGCAAGCUGCUCUUCUACGAUAUCCGCGGUAACAAUGGUGUCAAGGUCCAGAUUAUGUGCCAGGCUCAAGAAAUUCGUGAAGGCGCACCUGCCUUCGAGAAGCAGCACGACCACAUAAGACGUGGUGAUAUCAUCGGUGUCGUUGGUUAUCCUGGAAGAACUGCCCCUAAGACUAAGCUCGAGAAGGGCGAGGAGGGUGAGCUUUCUAUCUUCGCUACCGAGGUGAUACUUCUGGCCCCUUGUCUGCACCAAUUACCCGACGAGUACUACGGCUUCAAGGACCAAGAGCAGCGUUACCGCAAGCGCUACCUCGAUCUUAUCAUGAACCCCAAGACCGCUCAGACCUACCGCACUCGUACCAAGAUUAUCAAGUACAUCCGAAAUUACCUCGACAACGCUGGAUUCGAAGAGGUGGAAACCCCCAUCUUGAACCAGAUCGCAGGUGGUGCCACAGCCAAGCCUUUCCAGUCCCAUCUUAACGACUACAACAUGGACAUCUUCCUGAGAAUCGCGCCAGAGCUACCUCUCAAGAUGUUGAUUGUUGGAGAGUACGACAAGGUUUACGAGAUUGGCCGCCUGUUCCGAAAUGAGGGCGCCGAUCUGACGCACAACCCAGAGUUCACAACCUGCGAAUUCUACGAAGCUUAUGCCGACUUCAACGAUCUCAUGAAGAGAACGGAAGAGCUUGUCUCCGGUAUGGUGAAGCACCUUACUGGAAGCUAUAUAACCGAAUUCACCACCCAGCACGGUGAGACAUACACAGUUAACUGGGAAGCGCCGUGGCGACGAGUCGAGAUGAUUCCUGCCCUCGAAGAAGCAACAGGAGAGAAGUUCCCUCCCGGCGACCAACUACACACGGAUGAAACGAGGGAGUGGCUCAAGGGAGUUUUGAAGAAGGUCAACGUUGUUUGCCCCGAACCCCAGACUACUGCCAGGAUGCUCGACAGAUUGACUGGCGAGUUCAUCGAAGAAACCGCAGUCAACCCGACCUUCAUCACAGAGCACCCCAAGAUCAUGUCGCCCUUGGCCAAGGACCACCGCAGCAAGCCCGGUCUAACAGAGCGAUUCGAGGCUUUCGUCUGCAAGAAGGAAAUUGCCAAUGCCUACACCGAGUUAAAUCAGCCGUUCGAGCAAAGACUGCGCUUCGAAGAGCAGGCACGCCAGAAGGCCCAGGGAGACGACGAGGCCCAAAUGAUUGACGAAACUUUCUUAAACGCUCUUGAAUACGGUCUGCCGCCCACCGCUGGUUGGGGUAUGGGUAUUGACCGAUUAACCAUGUUCCUCACCAACAACUACACCAUCAAGGAGGUGUUGCUGUUCCCCUUCAUGAACCCCGAACAGAAGAAAGAGAAGCUUCUCGCCGAUGUCGAAGAGGCAGGCGCAGAAGAUCCUCACGUUCAAGUUGAGGGAAUCCCCCACAAAUAAAGUAAGGGUUUAGAUGUUAUUUUAGGACGGUCCCUAUUUAUGCGAGCAGUGGCUUGAAGGUUAGACUGUCUACGGCGUUUGUACAGUACAUAGCUAGGUGUUCAGAUUUAGACCAAUGCUAUCUAUGUUCGGCA